AAUUUGGCCUGUGACUGAUAUUGUUGCUGUUGAGUCACUUAUUUCUAACCUGUUUGUGUACUGGUGAAUGUGCAGGAUAUUAGUCAUUGCCAGAGGAUACAUUGAAUUGGCUUGUUGCACAUAAUGAUUAUGCCAAAUAUAUGGGAAAAUUUGAAGGCUGCAACCAUGAGCGGCCGAGAUAGCAGCCCUAAGAUCUCCCUAGCCUUGCUCAAAGGACGACCAGCAGCACAGAGUGUCCCAAGUAUCAGCUUCAGGUUUAAUCCCUCGGCAGAUAAUGUAACACAAAUAUCUGAUACAGAAGAUGUGGAUGAAGAAGACCCUUCAAGCGAAAUAUCUAUAGGACCCAUUUUAGAUGUGGCUCCUGCAGCAGUGGUCAUACGAGGAGAGUCCUUGCGUGAAGCAUCCCCAGUAAAAGAACAUGCUGGUCGUUCUCUUGGCAAGCGUUCCUCGAGUUUGGACAGUAAUUGUGGGACACUACCUGAGCCUUCCAGUGCUACCCCUCCAAGUAAGACACAAGAGUCGGGCAGCCUGCUUUCUAGACUUACGAAGACCUUUGAAGACAAGAUUAAUGAAAUUCGAAGUGAUAAGAAGGAAAAGGAUGGAAAGACAGAGAAAGAGAGGGACAGAGAUCGUUUGGGAUUGGCAGGUGAUGGUUCAACUGAAAGUGAUGGAGGUUCAGUUAGUGAAGAUAGGUCACCGACAGUCAAAGAUAAAAAAACCAUUGAAAAUGUGCAAAAGACAGACAUGGAAAUCACAGGUUCCCCACCAAAGACAAAGACAAGCAUUGUGCAGGAUAUAAGUGAGCACACAAGUAAAUUAAAAUCUGAACUAGGUAGCAUCAGACCAAAGAUUUCAGAGUUACGAAAUCGUCGUAGUAGUAAAGAGAAUGCCAAAAAUACAAAAGAAAGUUCAAAAAACAAACCAUUUGUGUUUACGUCACUUUUGGGCCGUGAUGAAGGUUUAGAUGAGGAGAUGCUGCUUGAGUGUGAUGAGAGUGAAGUAGAUAAAGCGGUAGAAGCUCAUGAAGACCCAUGCAUAUUUAAUGAAGAUGUUGCAGAAGUUGAUGGUGGUGUACUAUCUGUGAAUGAAAAAGAGGAUGAGCAAGCUAGUGCCGAUGCACCUAAAUCAUCCAGACCAUCUAAGAAACGAGCUGCUCCUUUGAUGGCUGAAGAAUUGAAAGAGAUAACUUUAAAGGAACAAUUUUUAAAUUUGGUGAAAGUGUUGCCUAUAUCAAUGAGCUUGUUGACCAAAGUUAGCAUAGGUUUAUUUAUAAUUUGUUUUAUCUUACCAUUGCCAAGGUUUCUGGCAGGGUUGGUGCUAGGCAUAUGCGUCGCUGGAAUUAUAUUUUAUUGCAUACUUCAUUUCUUGAUUCCAACCCCAUCAGUACGGCCUUUCGUUGAUGAUGGACCAGUGCUGUUAACCCUACCUACAUAUGAAGAUAAGCAGCUGCACAAGGUAUAGUAUUCAUGCCUUUUGGGGGUGUAAUAUCCUUAUUCUUAAACGAUUCAAGGUCUAUAGAGUUAAUAGGGUAUGUUGAGUGGAUAAAUUCCAAUGAAGUUAUUGAUUUUG